AGAAAAAUAGCCAGCGCAAACGCAAAGGACAGACAAAUAUCGUAAAUGACGAAAAUGCCUACUUGAAGAAGAAAUCAGACAGACCGCCAGCCUACCGUUUCACAGACCCGACCCGCUCCACCGAACGUGCCUUCUUUCUCCAGCUUAACUGUCAAAAAAAGUUCCUCAACUUCCUCCACUUUCUCGGAAUCCAAACACUCUCUUUUUCCUCCUUUUGAAGAAUAUACUUGUGCAGAUCCAGAUCAUCAUCAUCGAUGGCGGAGGAGAAACGCCGGAGCUCUUCAUCGUCUUCAUCAUCGACGAGCUCCGGCGAAGCUUCGGUGACGAUCGAGAAGCAAGAAACCGGCGGUGCUGGAACUACUACUAGUACUAGUAGUGACGUCAGAGAAUUGGAGACUAAGGCUGCCGCUCUUGCAGCCGCGGCCGCCGCUAGUAGUUCACUUAAUGAUAAUAAUAAUAAUAAUAAAAUUAGUAACAAUGGAGCCACUGAUUCUUCUUCUUCAGGAGUUUCUGGAAGGUAUGCGUCUAAAAUAAUCAUCCCGAAGGUUGAAAUGGGCAGUGCUAGCAAAUUAGAACCUACUCCCGGUGAGCUUAAGCUGGAAAGAUCAAAAACGGAGAGGCAAAGACCUCACAAUAUACUUGCUGAAGAGGCAGCACAAAUUUUUGAUGACAAUAUCCCCGUUCAGCGCAAGCUUAAAUUGUUGAACAGAAUAGCUACUGUCAAAGAUGACGGAACUGUAGAAUUUGAAGUUCCAGGUGAUGCUGCACCCCAAGUUGUUAGUACGCGAUCUGAAGAUGUAUAUAAUGCAUUUGUGGAAGAUGAACCUGUUGAUGCUGCAGAUCUUCAAUAUAUACCCCCACUUCAAAUAGUAGUGCUUAUAGUUGGAACACGUGGAGAUGUGCAGCCAUUUGUAGCCAUUGGCAAACGCCUGCAGGAUUUUGGCCAUCGAGUUAGACUAGCAACUCAUUCCAAUUUCAAAGAGUUUGUCUUGACAGCAGGAUUGGAGUUUUUUCCUUUAGGCGGAGAUCCCAAAGUUCUUGCUGGCUAUAUGGUCAAAAAUAAAGGAUUCUUGCCCUCGGGGCCUUCAGAGAUACCUAUUCAACGAACUCAGUUGAAAGACAUUAUUAACUCCUUGCUUCCUGCUUGUAAGGAUCCUGAUAUGGAUACUGGCAUUCCGUUUAAAGCAGACGCAAUAAUAGCUAAUCCUCCAGCAUACGGGCAUUCUCAUGUGGCGGAGGCGCUAAAAGUACCACUUCAUGUAUUUUUCACGAUGCCAUGGACGCCAACUAGUGAAUUUCCACAUCCUUUGUCCCGAGUGAAGCAACCAGCUGGAUAUCGACUCUCGUACCAAAUAGUUGACUCGUUGAUUUGGCUUGGUAUACGAGAUAUGAUUAAUGAUCUUAGGAAAAAAAAGCUAAAGCUACGACCUGUUACAUAUCUUAGUGGUUCACAAGGCUCUGAUUCUGAUGUUCCCCACGGAUACAUAUGGAGUCCCCACCUUGUUCCUAAACCAAAAGAUUGGGGGCCAAAGGUCGAUGUCGUUGGAUUCUGCUUUCUUGAUUUAUCAUCAAAUUAUGAACCUCCAGAAUCACUAGUGAAAUGGCUCGAAGCUGGUCCGAAACCUAUUUAUAUUGGGUUUGGAAGCCUUCCUGUUCAAGAACCAGAGAAAAUGACGCAAAUAAUUGUGGAUGCAUUGGAACAAACUGGACAAAGGGGAAUCAUCAACAAAGGCUGGGGAGGCUUGGGUAAUUUGGCAGAACCGAAGGACUCCAUUUACUUACUUGAUAACUGCCCUCAUGACUGGCUGUUCUUACAAUGCAAGGCCGUGGUUCAUCAUGGAGGUGCUGGAACAACAGCUGCUGGUCUUAAAGCUGCAUGCCCCACAACCAUUGUGCCUUUCUUUGGUGAUCAACCAUUCUGGGGUGAGCGAGUUCAUGCAAGAGGAGUAGGUCCUGCUCCAAUUCCAGUCGAUGAGUUCUCGCUUCCCAAGUUAAUUGAUGCAAUAAACUACAUGCUAGAUCCUGUGGUGAAGGACCGCGCAGUUGAGCUUGCCAAGGCCAUGGAGAAUGAGGAUGGGGUAACCGGGGCAGUGAAAGCUUUUUUCAAGCAACUCCCCCGGAAAAAGCCGGAGCCAGAGCCAGAAACGUCAAAUGGAUCUUCCAGUUUUUUCUCCUUGCGCAGAUGUUUUGGUUGUUCCUGACUCCCUGCUGGAUGUCUUUUGGUCCUCGUGUUAUCGCUUAUUUAUGCAUCAAAGAUAUAACAAUUAUUUUAUUGUGUUUGUGUAUUGUAAAUUUGUAAUUGUUGUAAUUAUUUGUAGCAAAUGAAGAUCUAUCACGAUAGAUGAGCUACAUUUGCAAUUUGUUCUAAGUUGCCUCUUUUCUAA